CUUUGGUUGGGCUGUCCACAUGGUUGUAACGAAGGAAUUCGUAGUGCACAAGGGGAUUUCCUACGAGUGAAGGCGCGGACAAUCUUCGCAACAAUGCAACGGAUGGAUCCAGACGGCUUCGGGCAAAUGGUUGUUAGCCAUAUUCAAGAAGGAAACACGCAGACAUUGAUCGAUAUGAUGCAUGCGAUAACUGGAUUUUGUCGGGCCGAUUUAGCUGCUGGUUCAGCUCGCCCCAGAAGCAAUUCUUCGCCUCGUCGAAGAACGUCUACUUCGGAUUGUAAGAUACCGACAUAUCGGAAUCAUUUCAACGAGAAACUCAAAGGCAUCGAAGGUGCAAUCGUGAAUGCGAUUCUGAAACCUGUCGUAUCGAAACUUAUGAACACAAUGAAUGAGCUGCUGCAACCUGAGAACAUG